CAUGCCCCGCAGGAAGGCGGCGGGGCCGCCCUGGGACGCGGCGGGCGCGGGCGCUGCGGGCGGCGGGCGGCGGCGGCCCCGGCCGGGCGGCGGCGGCAGCAGCGGCGGCAGCAGCGAGGAGGAGGCGCCCCGGGAGCGGCGGCCGCGGGCCGGGAGCCCCGGGAGCCGCAGGCCCGGCAGGCCCGGAGCGGCGGCGGCGGCGGCGGCGGCGGCGGCGGGGCCGGGAGGCGGCGGAGCCCGAGGGCAGAGCGCGGUGAUCUGCGAGCCCGAGCACAGCAAGGAGCGCAUCAAGCUCGAGGGCUCCAAGAGCCGGGGGCAGCUCCUGAUCUUCGGUGCCACCAACUGGGACCUGAUCGGCCGCAAGGAGGUGCCCAAGCAGCAGGCGGCGUACCGGAACCUGGGUCAGAACCUGUGGGGGCCGCACCGCUACGGCAGCCUGGGCGCGCUGCGGGUGCGCUCGGUGGUGUCGGGGCCCUGCGCCGCGCACAGCCUGCUCAUCACCGCCGAGGGCCGCCUCUGGAGCUGGGGCCGGAACGAGAAGGGGCAGCUGGGCCACGGCGACACCAAACGCGUGGAGGCGCCGCGGCCGAUCGAGGCCCUGGGCAGCGAGGCCAUCGUGGCGGCCGCCUGCGGCCGGAAUCACACCCUGGCACUGACCGAGAGCGGCUCCGUCUUCGCCUUCGGGGAGAACAAGCUGGGCCAGCUGGGGCUGGGGAACCAGACGGACGCCGUGCCCAGCCCCACCCAGAUCCUGUACAACGGGCAGCCGAUCUGCAAGCUGGGCUGCGGUGCCGAGUUCAGCAUGGUGAUGGACUGCAAGGGGAACCUGUACUCCUUCGGGUGUCCGGAGUACGGACAGCUGGGGCACAAUUCCGACGGGAAGUUCAUCGCGCGGGCGCAGCGCAUCGAGUACGACUGCGAGCUGCUGCCGCGGCGCCUGGCGCUCUUCGUGGAGCGCACCAAGGACGGGCAGGUGCUGCCUGUGCCCAACGUGGUGGUCCGGGACGUGGCCUGCGGAGCCAACCACACCCUGGUGCUGGAUUCCCAGAAACGCGUCUUCUCCUGGGGCUUCGGGGGCUACGGGCGCCUGGGCCACGCCGAGCAGAAGGACGAGAUGGUUCCGCGGCUGGUGAAGCUCUUCGACUUCCCGGGACGCGGCGCUUCCCAGAUCUACGCGGGAUACACCUGCUCCUUCGCCGUCAGCGAGACAGGUGGAUUGUUCUUCUGGGGCGCCACCAACACUUCCCGGGAAUCCACCAUGUAUCCCAAAGCCGUGCAGGAUCUCUGCGGCUGGAAGAUCCGCAGCCUGGCCUGCGGGAAGAGCUCCGUCAUCGUGGCGGCCGACGAGAGCACCAUCAGCUGGGGACCCUCACCCACCUUCGGGGAGCUGGGCUACGGGGACCACAAACCCAAAUCGUCCACGGCGGCGCAGGAGGUGAAAACCCUGGAUGGGAUCUACACCGAGCAGGUGGCCAUGGGCUAUUCCCACUCUCUGGUGAUCGCCCGGGACGAGUCGGAGGCGGAGCAGGAGAAGCUGCGGAAGCUCCCGGAGUACAACCCCCGCACCCUCUGAGGGGCCCCGCUCCCGCUCCCGCUCCCGAUCCCGAUCCCAAUCCCAAUCCCGAUCCCAAUCCUGCUUCUCCAUCCCGCCCGCCCUUCCCCGUUCCCGCACUGCCAGC